AUGGCCAGCCAGCCAGCAGAGGACACGGCAGAGUCGCAGGUCUCAGAUGAGCUCGAGUGCAAGAUCUGCUACAACCGGUACAACCUGAAGCACAGGAAGCCCAAAGUGCUGGAAUGUUGCCACAGGGUUUGCGCCAAGUGCCUCUACAAGAUCAUCGACUUUGGGGACUCCCCUCAGGGGGUCAUCGUGUGUCCCUUCUGCCGGUUCGAGACCUGCCUCCCUGAUGACGAAGUCAGCAGCCUCCCAGAUGACAACAACAUCCUGGUGAACUUGACUUGCAAAGGCAGGAAGUGUCUGCCGGAGAACCCCACCGAGCUGCUGCUGACCCCUAAAAGACUGGCCUCCCUGGUGAGUCCUUCGCACACGUCCUCCAACUGCCUGGUCAUCACCAUCAUGGAGGUGCAGCGCGAGAGCUCCCCGUCCCUCAGCUCCACGCCUGUGGUGGAGUUCUAUCGACCUGCCAGCUUCGACUCUGUCACCACCGUGUCACACAACUGGACCGUGUGGAACUGCACGUCCCUGCUCUUCCAGACGUCCAUCCGGGUGCUGGUCUGGCUGCUGGGCUUGCUAUACUUCAGUUCCUUGCCUUUAGGGAUUUACUUACUGGUGUCUAAGAAAGUGACCUUAGGGGUCGUCUUUGUCAGCCUUGUCCCCUCCAGCCUGGUGAUCCUCAUGGUGUACGGCUUUUGCCAAUGCGUCUGUCAUGAAUUUCUAGACUGUCUGGCACCUCCCUCCUAA